AGAGCACUAAUAGAGGUUUCUCGAGACGAGGAGCCUGCAGGCAGCGAGAUAAGCCUACAGCGAUGAUCUCCGCCUUCGUUUUCGAUAAGGGCGUUGUGCCUAAUGGCCAGCGCCGCGUAGUUUUCCGCCACGACGCGUGUGUCGGCAGUGGCGCCACAGCCACCGUCAUGAGAGCCCCCCUGCCACCCUCACUCCGACCACGUGGCACCCACGCCAGCAACAGCAGCAGCAACAGCAGGAUCAGCAGCGGUGAUGCCGCAUUCAAGCUGGUGCGUGAGGGGAGGGCAGCGAGAGGCAGGACAUCCGGAGCACGGAGGUUGCCGCCGAGCAGGAUAGGAUGCGGAUGCUGGGAGGGCGCCCGCCCUUCCUGCCGCUCCACGUAGCGGGCAAAGGCGCCUUCGUGCGGGGCACGACGCAGGAGAGGAGGACCUGCUUAGUAAUGCCGUUGUUGAAGGGUACAGACAGACACACACACACACACACACACACACACACAGAGAGAGAGAGAGAGAGAUCAAUCCAUCCAUCCACCAACACGUACAAUGUUUGUCGUGUCUGUCUGUGUCUGUGUGUUGCAUCAGAGCCCGAGUGGGUAGAGUUCAGUCGCCUGUGCGGCCUCAAGUGGUCCAGUGUCAGCGAGCGGGAGGGCAGCUACCACCUCAGCAGCAUCACCGCCCGAUACCGCCGCACCAAGGACGCCAGGCAGCUGCUCGGCGACCUCACUGUAGUCACCAAGGCGGUCGCGCAGAUGGCCACAGCGCACGACUACGCACUGGAGGAGGGCGUGGUGUGCGUGGACGCCUUCGCCAACAACGUCAUGUUGGAGAGGUCGCGGCUGUGCCCGGAUCCCUCAGUUCCCCUCCCCGAGGCAUGCCAUGGCGUGCGCAUGAUAGACCUGGCCAACAGCGUCUGCACACCACCCACCGACACGGCGUCCCCCCCCACCCCACCACCCCUCAUCGGCGGCCGUGGCGCCCGUGUGCCCACGGAGAAGGCCGAUCGCCAGAGGCUGCGGCAGAUCCCCACCGGCACCAGGUGGCUGUGUUCACCGGAGCACUUGCUCCUCAACGGCGGCAACGGACUGUCCGCCGCCACCCCUGACGCCGUCAGUGAGCCAAUCAAGGAGGCCAUGGAAGACCUGUCGUGUGAGCUGCAGCUGGCGGGGGCGGUAGUGAGGGAGGGGCUGUGGGUUGGCGAGCCUGCAGUGGUUUGGAGCUUGUGCAUGCUGAUAGAGCUGCUGCUGAGGGCGGGCCAUUCGAUGAUGGAGGGCGUGCUGGAGCUGUUCGGCAUCGACGACUCCACCGUCCCACUGCAGGACCAGGAGCUGCUGAUGGUCAUGCAGUGGGACAAGUUCCGCGAGCUCGUCAUGGACGACGACGGCCGCCCGCUCGUCGCUGGGGAGCCCGACACGCCUGACCACCAGCCAGUGUGCCCGCUUGACGGCCUGGGGGAGGAGGACGGCCUCCCGUGGGUGGACGACUGGCUAGACAUCUUCGCCGGCAUCGCAGCCAAAGGCCUCGUCACCAACCAGCAGCAGCGCGGCACCGUGGCGGAUAUCAAGGGCGCUCUUAGCCGCGCCCUCGACCUCCUAAGCGAGGUGCAGAAGGCCAUGGACGAGCUCCACGCCGGCGCUGCUGCAGAGGGCCGUGAGGCGGCUGAGGAGGAGCGUGACGAGGAGGAUAUGGCCAGCAUGCCUGAGGAGAGCGAGGGCCACGAGCACCUCCAGCAGCAGCAGAGCCAGGGGGGAGACCAGUUGGAGGGACACGAGGGGGACGAGAGGGUCACGCUGCAGCAGCCGCCACUAUCGGCCCAGCCAGUGAUUAGUUCUGAGGUUGUCGAAGGUAUGUCAGUUGGACAGGCACAGGCAGACAACAGAUACAUGGGCCUGCCUCAUUGGUAUCUCUCUGUCUCUCGUUCUGUGUAUGUAUGUGCGCGCGAUCAGCAGUCGUUGUCGAGGCCGAGGACGAGCCGAAAGAGCCGCACCCUGCCGCCACACACACACACCCCUCCCCACACGAAGCCACAAGGGCCCGUGCCGUCCUCCUGCCACACAUCAAGGCUCUCCACGCCGCCCGCCGAGCACGAGACGCCCCCAUGCCACCCCAAUCACCGCCACCAGCAGCACCGUCCGGCCAUGACCACCACCGAGAGCCCCCACCACCUCCCCCACCCCGACGGCACCAGUGCAGCAUCCCCGUCAUGAACGGCACCAACAUGCCCGCCCACCAGGUGCCGUACUACCCGACCUUCGCCAAGGUUGUGCGGGUGUCAAAGCCAGUCAGUCGGGGCUGGUGGCACAACCCAUUCACCGGCGAGGCCGAGUGGUGGUGGCGAAGCACGGGUGCGUGGGAGGUGCGGUCAGCAUCGCAGGAUGUGGGCAUGAAGGCCUGGGCGCUGCUGUCGGCCGCAGUGGGCCGCGGACCACCCGCACCACCGCCCUCACAAUGA